AUGUCUUCAAUAAUCAACAGUUUUGUCUCUGACGUCAAGUUACUUGCCAAUGAUUGGGACAAAUAUGUAGAUUUGUCUGAUCCUGCAAUCAAAUAUGCCAUCUAUACAAUUGCCUUCAAUCCAAUCUUUUGGAAUAUCACUGCUAGAUUAGAAUACAACACACAUUUCCUUACCAAGAUCUGUGGUGGUGCUAGAAAUGGUUGUUAUCUUCUCGCGUUAACUAUUUUCUCCCUCGGUAUAUAUAGAGAUCAUAUUUAUUUCGAUGCCUUACAGGGACAACCAACAUUCACUCCAUUUUUGGAAAAUCCAAUUUUCAAAUUAAUAGCUAUUUUAUCAUUUGGAUUUGGUAAUGUUUUAGUUUUAAGUUCAAUGUGGGCGUUGGGAGUUACUGGAACUUAUUUGGGUGAUUAUUUUGGUAUUCUUAUGGAUUCAAGGGUAACAGGAUUCCCAUUCAAUGUUAAUGAUAAUCCAAUGUAUAACGGAUCUGCCUUGUGUUUCUUGGGUACUGCCUUAUGGUAUGGUAAACCAACUGGUUUAUUGGUUACUAUUUUCGUAUUUGGAAUGUACAAAAUUGCCUUAUUCUUUGAAGAACCAUUCACUGCAAAGAUCUAUGCCAAGAGAGCUGCAGCUGCUUCUGCUAAAAAAUCACUCUAA